ACUGUGUCAACCAGUCUGAACCACAACUCCCGUUGAGGAAUAGUGGAUGUUUCUAACGAAUGCUUUUAGUCACGGCUCAGUUUCCCAUUUAUUUUGACACUAAGGACAUCAGAAGAGGUUCUUUUUCAUCUCGACAGCACAGAUCAUAUCCCCCCUGAGGCGGCAACUCUAUUUACGUCCCUGUGCCUACCCUUUAUGCCAGAAUGUGGAAGGUAACCUAAUCUCCCAGCUUUUUCCCAUCUGGCCUGUCUCAUGUCUGAGGACAGUGAUCUGAAGCAUUACCCGUACUCGACCCUGGACGGGCGCGAAUUAAACCUGGAGAGGGUGGGCUUCCAGCUGGACGAAGAAGAAGGUUCUCCCUGCAGCGCCAUCAGCCAGCUGCACCGCAUGGCCAGCAGUUACAACGAGGGUUGUGGAGGACCGGACGGGGUCGAAAUGGAACCAGAGUUAGGUAUGGCAUCUGAGGGGAGCGACAGCAGUCACGAGCACCCGGCAUCGUCCAGCUCCCAGCACAAUGACAGGAAGCGGCCACGCCCAACCUUACACGAGGAUGUAGAGAUGGGCGGCAGUGGCUCGAGUGGGAGCGGGACAGAAUCCCACAGUAACGAGUCACAUGGCAACGAGUCCCACGGAAAUGAAUCUGUGGCCAGCUCGAGCGGCAACGGCAAGGACUCGGCUCUGAUGGAGUCAUCGGGGAGCAACAAGAGCUCGAACUCGCACAGCCCCUCACCGCCCAGCAGCUCCAAUGCCUUCAGUCUGGUGAGCUCCGAGCAGGACAACCCUUCAAGCAGCGGCUGCAGCAGUGAACAGUCAGCCAAAGCUAAGACACAGAAGGAGCUGUUGAAGGCCAUAAAGGAUCUGAAGAGGCACUUGCCGUCGGAAAAGAGGAGCAAAGGCAAGACCAGCACCGUCAACACGCUCAAAUACGCUCUGCGAUGUGUCAAGCAGGUGAAAGCCAAUGAGGAGUAUUACCAGAUGCUGAUGACUAAUGACAGUCAGCCACCAGGUUUUGACGUGUCGUCCUACACUAUUGAGGAGAUCAACAGCAUCACCUCUGAAUAUACCCUCAAAAACAAUGAUAUAUUUGCUGUAGCUGUCUCCCUCAUCACGGGGAAGAUCGUUUACAUCUCGGACCAGGCGGCAUCCAUCUUGAACUGCAAGCCGGAAGUGUUCAACAAUGCCAAGUUUGUGGAGUUCCUGACACCUCAGGAUGUCAGCGUGUUCUACAGCUUCACAACGCCUUACCGUCUGCCGUCAUGGAGCAUGUGCACCGGAGCAGAGUCGUCUCCCACGGAGUGCAAGCAGGAGAAAUCCUUCUUUUGCCGCAUCAGUGGUGGUAAGGAGCAUGAAGGAGAUAUCAAGUACUAUCCUUUCCGCAUGACUCCCUACCUGAUGAAAGUCCAGGAUGCUGAGCUGUCUGAGGAACAGUUCUGCUGCCUCCUGCUAGCUGAGAGGGUGCACUCUGGUUAUGAAGCACCCAGAAUCCCUACAGAUAAACGCAUAUUCACCACCACACACACGCCUAACUGUGUGUUCCAGGAUGUGGAUGAAAGGGCUGUUCCUCUGUUGGGUCACCUCCCUCAGGAUCUGAUUGGGACCCCUGUGCUGCUCAAUCUGCACCCAAGUGAUCGGCCCUUAAUGUUGGCUGUGCAUCGCAAGAUCUUGCAGUAUGCUGGUCAGCCAUUUGACCACUCCUCCAUCCGUUUCUGUGCAAAAAACGGGGAGUACAUCACCACAGACACCAGCUGGUCCAGCUUCGUCAACCCCUGGAGCCGCAAGGUCUCCUUCGUUAUUGGCAGGCACAAAGUCCGCAUGGGUCCUGUAAACGAAGAUGUGUUUGCAGCACCAUCUUUCCAUGGAGGGAAGAUCAUUGAUUCAGACAUUCAGGAAAUAAAUGAACAGAUCCACAGGCUCCUACUCCAACCUGUCCACAACAUGGGCUCCAGCGGUUACGGCAGCAACGGCUCCCACGAACAGCUGGUGAGCAUCAGCUCAUCCAGCGAGAGCAACGGGAUCGUCACACCGGGGAACACCUUGGAGGAGACGGGCAAGGCCAAGCCUGCCAGGACGUUCCAGGAGAUUUGUAUGGGAGUCCAUAUGCUGAAGAACCAGGACUCCCAGGUCAGCCUGCGCUCCCCUCCCCCUUCGGCUUCACCCUCACCGUCUCCAUCCAGGCCUGAACAAAAGAAAAUCACGGACACAGCAGCUCAGAAGAGUCCAGUGGUGCGUCUGAAGGACUCGGCGCCCCCUCUACAGGCCAGAGACAGUACUGUAGCCAGCUCUGAGGAAUUCACCUGCAAAGACCAGACCAUCUGCUCCUACCAGCAAAUCAGCUGCCUCGACAGUGUCAUCAGGUAUCUGGAAGGUUGUAGCAUCCCCAUCACAGUAAAGAGAAAGUACCAGUUCUCCUCCAACACCACUUCCUCCAACUCUGAUGAUGACAAGAAGGCCACAGAGGACGGCUUGGAAGAACCCCCGGGAGCAAACACAGAUCCUUUGAUGCUAGAUGCCCAGCCAGGCCUUUCAAACAUGAAAGCACCUAAGAAGCCUCCAUCUGGGGCAGCUGCUGUGGUGGGAGGCCCCCUGGCGCCCCUCACCCUGCCCAGCAAGGCUGAAAGUGUUGUGUCCAUCACCUCACAGUGCAGCUACAGCAGCACCAUCGUCCAUGUGGGAGACAAGAAGCCUCAGCCAGAAUCUGAGAUUAUCGAGGACGUGGCGGGGAUCCCAGCACCCCCACCUUUGCCUGUCAGUGUGGUGUCUCCGCCCAGCCAGGAGAAGGAGGCCUAUAAGAGGCUAGGACUGACCAAGCAAGUGCUUGCAGCACACACCCAGAAAGAAGAGCAAGCCUUCCUCAACCGCUGUCGGGACCUCCACAGCGCCAAGACCUCCCAGAAGGGCUUUUCCACACAUCUGCACAAACACAGAGGACCAACCAAUGCUGAAGAAUCAUCUGGACAGCGAGGUGCUGCCAAACAGGGCACCACCAGGCCAGAGACUACUGUCAAGAAGGGUAACCGCAACAGGAAGUCUAAGAAACCACGCAUGAAGCAUCCUGAUUCGUCGGACAGUGCUGUGUCUAACCGCAAACCCCGGCCACCUCUCCAGGGUCUCAACCAAACCUCAUGGUCCCCAUCAGAAGCGUCCCAGUCAGCUUUUAAUGUGUCCUACCCAGCCAUGGUGCCUGCAUACCCGCUCUACCCCCCAGCACCUGCCGCCCCAGCUCAGGCUGCCCUCCCUGACCCCUCCCUUUCGACAGGCUUUAGAGAGGGGCAGAGCACACAAGCCCCGCCGGCUGCCACUCCAUUCCCCGCACCUAUUGUUACACCUGUGGUGGCUUUGGUGCUGCCGAAUUACAUCUUCCCCCAAAUGGGACAGUUAGGUCAGAUAGGGCAGCUGGGGGCUGCUCCUAGACCCGCGUUUUUCCCCGAACAGACCCAGACACAACCUGCAUACACUACCCAGCAGGCCUUUCAGCCCCCGCAGCCAGCCUACACCAUGCAAACACAACCUCCCUUCACCGGCCAACAGCCGUUCCCUGUGCAGACUGCCUUCCCCACCCAGCAGCCAUUCCAAGCUGCCCAGACACCCUUCACUACCCCUCAGCCUUUCCAUGCCGCUCAGACUACAUUCCCCACCCAGCAGCCAUUCCAAGUCGCCCAGACACCCUUCACUACCCCGCAGUCUUUCCAGGCCACUCAGACACCCUUCACUACCCCGCAGUCUUUCCAGGCCACCCAGACACCCUUCACUACCCCGCAGUCUUUCCAGGCCACCCAGACAUCCUUCACUACCCAGCAGCCUUUCCAGGCCGCUCAGACUGCCUACACUACCCAGCAGCCCUUCGCUGCUCAGCCGUCUUUCCCAGUGCAGACUCAGUUUGUGGCUCAAACCCCUUACCCAACUCAACCCUUCGCGUACAGCUUAACCUCUGAGCCUCCCAAAAGCUCUGCCAUAGAACCCUGCGAGGGAGCGGCGUCCCGCUCCUCCACCCCAGCCUCUGGGGCACGGGAGCCCGCCACGUCACCGCCGCUGUUCGAGUCGCGGUGCAGCUCACCCCUGCAGCUCAAUCUGCUGAGUAUGGAGGAGGGGCAGCGCUCAGUCGAGCGUCAGGACAGCAACACGACACCCGCUGGAACCCAGGGCAGCAUUAUGGCCGCUGUGUCAAGAGCAGCGGUAGCAGCAGGGGAGAAGAAUGGAGCCCAACAGGUGGAGUCUCCAGGAGAUGCGGCUCACAGUGAUGGUAACUCCUCGUCCUGCGACUUGCUCGACAUCUUGCUUCAAGAACAGGAGGACUCCCAUUCCGGCACCGGAUCAGCCACCUCUGGCUCCAUGGGCUCUGGAUCUGGCUCUGGAUCUGGCUCUGGAUCUGGCUCUGGAUCUGGUUCUGGAUCCGGCUCGGGCUGUAACGGCUGUGGUACCUCAGCUAGCGGAGCCUCAGGCAGCAGAACAGGGAGCAGCAAUACCAGCAAGUACUUCGGCAGUGUUGACUCCCUAGAACACGACUCAAAGGCCAAGGCCAAGGCUAAAGCCAAGACAAGAGGUGAAGGAGACAGUGAAAGUGGCCAGUCGCAGGCUAAGGUCUCAUCACAAGGGGAAGGAAAGCAUUUCAUCAAAUAUGUUCUCCAGGAGCCCCUCUGGCUGCUGAUGGCCAACGCUGACAACAAGGUCAUGAUGACAUAUCAAAUGCCAUCCAGGGACAUUCAGAAGGUCCUGCGGGAAGACAAGGAGAGGCUGAGGCAGAUGCACAAGGGCCAGCCUCACUUCACCUCGGACCAGCGACGAGAACUAAUGGAGGAACACCCCUGGAUGAGAAGGGGGGGUUUGCCCUCUGCUAUCAAUGUCAAGGAGUGUGUGUACUGUGAGGACGCAGCGCCAACCCCCAUCGAGGAGAAUCUGCCAGACAUGGACAUGGGCGAGAUGGGCGAGGGGCUGAGACGAGAGGGCCAGAAAACUAAGAGCAAAUCAGAAGAGACAAGGCCUCAACCGGACUCCUGAACACAUCCCACCAGCAGGAGGACACUAUAAACCAGUCAUGGACCCUCAUGAUGCAGACACACAAACACUCUUUGCGGAUGUGAGACAGAACACUGUGCCUGACCAUCCUCACAAUUAGUCACACAACAUGAACUCAAGCAGAACUCUCUGUUGCCAUGGUGGUGGUUGUGAGGAGCCGUCUGUGUGUUCGUGUGUGUGUGUUGGACAUAGGGCUGCUGUUGAGGUGCAGUUCUUGGUGUGCCCUCACAGGGGCGACAGUGCUUUAUGGAGGUCUUAGUAUGUAUGACCCUCAUGUUGUACUUUUGUCAGCUCACACACAAACACACACAAUGUCUCUGACAUGAUAUAGGCCCAACCUGCAUGGUUGGCCACCUGUCACCUCCAAGAUAUAAGAUAUUUUUUUAUUUUAUUAUUUCCCAUCCUCUUUGUCAGAGGCAGAGCUUUACAGCAACAUUAUUUAAAAAAAAAAAAAUCUGUUUUGACUAAAGAAUGGUAAUUAAAUGUUUUGUAAACUUUAAUCAAUAAGCAAAACAGCAUUGCUGUUAAAAUAAUCUGCUGCCAGACAUCAUGUUUGGGUUUUCAUGUUUUGCCACAUGGUCCCUUAAAAGCCCUACAAAUCCCAGAAUUCCCCUGGUUUGAUCCCCCCUUAGGGAGAAAAGUUGUGGUGCUCACUAGAUGAUAUAGGCUGGGGUCAAAGUGCAGGGGCUCUUAAUCUUUAUUAGGAGAUUCUGGUCUCACCUCUCCUUGUACCUGAGAAUUUUUCCAGGCAUCAGUAGUAGAACCAGACUCAACAGCGAGCGAUAUAUGAGAUAUAUGCUAAAGAUAUAUGUUCGCUGAUUGAAACUUGCCCAAGUGCAAGAUAUUCAUUUCCCUAAAUAUUGUAUUUAUUUUCUAACAGAUAAUAUAUCUAGUUUAGACUUCUUUCAAGAUGAAGCCAAAUCCGUUCAACUUAAUGACAGAAUUUCUCUAUUACCAGUUUACAUGUGUUUGACAAUGAACUCUCACUUUAGCUAAAAACAGGAGGUACAUGUAGUAUGUCCGUUUUACAAUAUAAGCUCCAAAUGUUGUAAAUCUCAACCUCAAAAUCAGCACAGGUGUUAUGAAAAAGUGGGCACUUUCAUGGAUUGAGAAGCUGCUGAAAUACUUUAUGCAUCAGUAGGUGAGAGGAUAGUUCUGCAGUGAGGCUGCAAAUUAAGUUCAUAUAGCUAUAAAAAUGAAUUAAAACUAACAAAAUCCUAUGGAUUAAAGGGGACCUAUUAUGCUCAUUUCAGCUCUGUUUUUAUUCUGGGACUCCACUAGAGUAGCUUUACAUGAUUCACAGUUUAAAAACGGCUUAUUUAUGUUAUACUGGUCGUUUAUGCAGCACUUCAAUUCAGCCUUUGUCUCUAACAUGCAGUUUUAGCUUCUGUCUCUUUAAGUCUCUUUAAUUUUUCUUUGCUGUGGCAGUCACAGAUUGGCCAGCUCAACUAGAGGCUUGGCUUGGUGUGAACACCCUCAAAACAAUGGAAAAAUGCCCUUAUGUUAGCGGAGCAGAGCAGUGAAUUUGCAUGCUGUGUGUGACACAGAUAACCAUAUAAAGAAAUCUGUUACAAGCUGAUGUCAGCUCAGGCUGAAAGUAGAAAAAACUGUGGGAAACUGAGCAUUCAGAGCAGUGUGAAGCCGCUGCGUUUUGCUUUACAGGGAUAACUUCUAUAUACGUUGACCUUGUUAUUUGUACAUUUGGCCAUGUUUAAUAUGAAUAUCGGACAUUGUAACAUUAUAACUGAAAAUAAGGAAAAGUGUAAGAGAUCCUCUUUAAUGUUUUCUGUUCACCUCCAAUUGGUGUCUUUAAAUGAUCAGUUCCUGUCAAUAUGGUGCUGCUCUACUACACAAUGUCAUUCUUAGAACAGAUAACAUCUAUUUUAAGGAAUUUUAAACAGAUGCUCAUCGCUCAUUUUCUCAAUCUAUUUUUCUGGAUUAAAAAAAAUAAGAUAUCUCUGCCUGAGCCGCUUUUCAGCGCUGAGAUACUGUGUGUUUAUAUAAUACUGUCAUGUUUCAGAGACCAUGUGAAGUCUGUGUGCAGCAGUACAGAGCCCUCUUGGAUAGUGAAAGCUUUCAGUCAGAGUGCGAGUUUGCAUCAGAGGUUAUAACUGAGCUUCAACACUUACAUUUCCAAAGCUCUGAGAAUGUAGGAUGAAAAUUGUAGCUAAUAUGGGGACCUUGUUGCCUGAGUAACCUUCUAUAGAAAACUGUGUCACAUGACUAAUUUAUGACAUGGUCAUUGUACAUUGGCAGCCAUGUAAGCCCUUCAUCAUCUAACAUGAAGUAUUAAGGAAACUGUGAUCCACAUUGGCUCUGUGAAGUUGAGGUAUAAACAGUGUGAGAACUGGGAACAACUCAGGUGCUAUGGCAGAGAAGCUGUUGGGGGCAGGGCAUGUGAAUGUAACACAGACUGGACCAAGAGCAUCUCACUGGCUUCAUUUGUUUCAUGAUUUUUCUUUUCUUUUUGUUUUCUUUUUCGUUCAUUUGUUCAGAAGUUUUUAUAUUAUAUUUUUCUGUUUCUCUGUUCUGUGUGUUUUUAUGUUAUUUGUCAAAGACGGUAAGAGCUUUUGAGUGUCAUUGGAGAUGGUACCUACCUCUAAUAAAUCCCAGGUCAUGUUACUGUAAGCAGUGAAUAACCAGCACAGCAUGUGUAUGCAUGUGGGCAAAGCGCAAUGGACAGAGUGGUUAGAUAUUUAAGUGAUUCCGAUGAGUAAUGUACUUGUACAGAGUUUGGGUACAGGUUUGAUAACUCCUGUUGCCUGUCACCACCUGUGGCGACUGCAGUUUAUCUCUGUCUUUUGUCUCUUUUCCGUGCAAAAUAUCUAGUGGGAGGUCUCCAACGCUCCCCUGUGUGAAACAAGAAGCAUUGAGAAUGCACGAAUGUCUGUAAAUUCAUUUCCUAGUGAAAUGCGGUAAUGAGCUGUUCUGGAUGCUGAGAGCACACCAGAGUUAUGAGGCUCUAGCCAUGUUUCAAGCCUUAUUUUUUCUCAUACGGUCUCACAAAGGGGUAAUCCAUUUUAAAUGAGUUAUGUACUAGUGGGCUGUUGGAAGCACCCUGACCUGUAAAUGCAUACAAAUGGUACUGGCACAUUAUGUUGUGUAUGGUCGUGUAAAUGUGUCUCAUUGCCACUGUAUGACUCUGUGGUAUAUUAAACUAGCACAGUUCCGUGCAUUUUUGUAGGUAAGAUUUUGUUCUGUUUGAGACAUGAAAACAAAUGUUGUAAUAAAACUACAGAA